AUCACAGGCAUGGCGGAGCACAUUCCAUCAUUCACAACAGGAGGAGCUUUCUGGUUCACUUGACAACAGUACACCCGACCCUUCCUCAUGCUUCUCCCCUCCUCUCUCCCCCUUCACUUCACUUCUCUCAGAUCACAGGCAUGGCGGAGCACAUUCCAUCAUUCACAACAGGAGGAGCUUUCUGGUUGGCUGCACGCACCUACUCUCUCCUCUUCCUUCUCUCCCUCUCCUUCGUGCAGAUCACAGGCAUGGCAGAGCACAUGCCAUCGUUCGCAACAGGCAUGGCAGAGCACAUGCCAUCAUUUGCAACGGGUGGUGCUUUCUGGUUCACCGACCUCAGUACACCCGACCCCACCUACAUGCUGCCGCUCUUAUCCUCUGCUGGCAUCCUGGCAGCUGUUGAGCUGAACGCGGCAGAGGGCAUGGAGGGAGCACCCAAUGCAGCGCAGAUGAAGUGGUUCAUGCGAGGGCUUGCUGUGACCAUGGUGCCGCUUACUGUCACCUUCCCCAAGGCUGUGUUCUGCUACUGGAUCACCACCAACGCCUUCUCUCUUGUCCAGGGCCUCGCAUUUAAGCGGCCUGGGGUGCGAAAGGCUCUUGGAAUCCCUAUGAUUAAGCCUCCGUCGCCUGAUGCGCCUCCCGGAAGUGCUUCUUUGGGAUUACCGGUGACGCAAGCCUUGCAACUGCGGCUAAACGCCAGCCCGUCGUUACAAUGCUCACGCAGACGGCCCUCGUCUUUGUCACGCCUUUCUAUAAUCACAUGCCAACUGGGCGGUCCAAACGAAGGCGGGGAGCCCGUCGUGGCUCGGCCGUUCGAGGCUGAGACGGAGGCUCGGGCACAAGCCAGACUCGCAGCUUCGGAUCCGAACCGACGAUACCAGGAGAUGAUGAAACGGAGGGAGGAGAGCCGACAACAGACCAUGCGAGAAUACGGUGAUCUGAAGAAGCAGCUGUCGCAGACGGCUAUAGGAGUGGGGGCUGCAGGCACGCUCUACUGCUUCCUCGGGAUCUCCAUUCAGACUGCCAUCAGCUAUGCCAUCGGAAGUGCUGCCAGUUGUCUCUACCUGCUACUGCUUUUCAACGACGCUGACACCAUCACCCCACAGGACCUCCCUCCUGCCUUUCUCAUCGACCGGAGCAAGCCCAAGAGGAAAGGCCUGGUUGACAGCCUGAAGACGGUCGAUUCGCCUGAGAAGCUGCUGCAGGGGGCUCAGCUGGCCCUCUCCUCGCGCCGCCUGCUCGUGCCUGCUGCCCUUGUGCUGCUCUGGGCCUUCUCUGUGCAAUUCAGUGGCAGCGACCCCAACAGCUUGCACGUUGAGUUUGCGCCCCUCUUUAUAGGCUUCCUCUCUUACAAGAUCGCAGUGUUGCUUUUCACUGUCGAAGAUGUUACCAAAUAA